CACUUCUUUACUCCGUUCUACUUAGGCCACGGCCCCCGUCUUUCUUUCUUCUACUUCUUUCUCUUCUUGCUUGAUCCUUCCCCGUCCUCCCAUGCUUGUCGCUGCUAUCCACCAUGUCUGAUCCGGAGCCUUCUGCUGCUGCUGCAUGUGCAUCCUCGCCACCCCCAACCCAGCCAUCCGAGUCGGCUGCUGCUCUCAAUUACGCUUUCCUAGUUCACUCCCAGAAAACCCUGACACAAAACCUGCCUCCACGCGUCGACAAUAAAUUGCUAGCACGGCAAAAAAGGCGUCGGACCAGUCCCGAAGACCACGCGAUCCUCGAAUCCGAGUAUCAACAGAACCCGAAACCAGACAAGACGGCCCGAGCAAGUAUAGUCAGUCGCGUCUCGUUAGGCGAAAAGGAAGUUCAAAUAUGGUUCCAAAAUCGCCGUCAAAAUGAUCGCCGGAAAUCGAAGCCACUGCAACCUCAUGAGCUCCUCGCGCCCCGGUCGGACGUGCCUGACGCGUCGAAACAGUCUGCAACCGAUGACAACCUACCGACAGAGCCAGGAUCUUCAAGUGGGACGGAGAAUUCUGAAGACAAUUGCCAGGACACGAAUCCAGCUACACAGUCGUCUGAUAAUGCGUCUUUCGAAUCCGACGUUGUGCCCGGAGAGAAGAACGAACUGGAGCAGGCGGUGUUGAGCUCUCAAACAAGCUUGGCUACCGAAGUUGUGGAGGAUUCUCAGAAAGUUCCCGACGAAACAAUGCCGGAUCCAGAACCAGCUCAGAUGCACGAUGAACCCCCUCUCGACGACUCACACCAGAAUUCUGCCAAGAGGAAGCGAUCGUUCUCUGACAUCCGUGGUACCCGACCAUUUGUACAGGGAUCAUCAACACCAGGAACGUUCCACGGUAUGAAAUCGCCGCCGUCAUUGCGGAUAUCGCUCUCGUUUGAUGGUGAGGCUAUGGUGCGCAAGGAGGGCGAGUUGACCCCGUCUCCUCCUAAAGGACGGAAUUCCCUGCGGAUCGCCAUGUCCUCUGAUGGGAAAGCUGUGAUCCGCGCCGAUGGCGAGCCAUCCCCGUCCAAAAACCGGAUUUCCAUGUUCUCGGCGCGUAAGCCUAGAUUUGCGGGGCUUCAGAGGAGCAACAGUGCUGUGGCCUUUAGUACGCCACGGGGUGGCUCCAUGGAGACCGAACGAAUGUUUGGGAGAUCACGAGAUCCUCGGAACUGGGAAUCCUUUUUUGAUACUGACGCGAGGAGUGCGCUGUCUACCCCGACCAGCUCACAGAGUGCACCGAACGCUGGCUCCCCGGCGUUCUUUCGCGCACGCGGUCAGCGUUCGCUGACGAGGAGCAUGUCGGCAAGACAUAGCAGUGCCUUGCAUCAGUCAGAUUAUCUCAACACGCCUGUUCCCAAACCGACCGGCGAGAAGAGGCGAAAAAUUUCCCGUACGGUCUCUUCGCUGGGCCGGCUGGAGACUGGCCGUGCGACCCUUGGCGAUAAGCUAUCCAAUGCAAAGAUGCUCUCAGGGAAAGAGGACGAACUAGAGUUACAAUGGGGCGACUCGGAUAAAGAGAACUGGAUACCAGGGACGCGAGUCUCCCACAUCCGCCGACGAGCGACUUCCCACCAUCACUCCCGCCGUCCCAUCCUCAGGGAGACCGGCAGCAGGGAUGGAAAAAGCAACAGGGAUCUGGCAUCCUCCGGAAGGUACUCACGGGUGUCUCACUCGCACCACCGCGCGAGCGGGGUAGCGAGCAAGGAUGUGCCGGAGGUGGACGCAGAAGUAUCUGCCUUCAUGAAUGGCGGGGGAGGUGCCAGCCAGGAAGAAGAUCUUGACUGCAUCCAAGGCUUGUUGUCUCUGAGCCAAGGGGCAUGGAGAUGAGAGCGGCUCCUCUCACUGCCCUGUUGAUGAUCGACCUUUCCUUUUGUCCCUUUCUUUUCUCUUCUUCAUUCCCCCUUUGUUUCAUAUCCAUUCCUUUCCUUCGUAGAGUCAAUAUUGGAGGUUACAGGCCAGCAAGCGGGUGAUUGUGUGUAUGAUUUGUGAGAUGAUUGCUUUACGUUCCCCUCGGUGGGCUGCUCCAGGUUUGCUCCAGGCAGUUGCAACCAUGGAUCCUGAUUUGAUGACGAAACCCUGUGCGACGCCACAGACGAUAUCCAGUGCGCUAUUACAGCCGAAUAGCCUAAUACAACAAAACAAUGGAAGCCGAUGAUGAU